ACGACCUCCAUUACAGCUAGAGAGAGAGAGCCCAAGAUCCACAUAGUCGCUGGCCUCGUCGUCCUGCUUCUGCCGUCCCUUUAUACAGUUACACACACAUCUAUAGGUAUAUCCCACACUCGGCAGCUAAGCGAACUAGGCAGUACACGACCAUACCGACGACGGAACUUUAAAGUUGGUGAUCCAUUUGCGGCGAUUGAUGACCCUUGUCGCAAUGACGAGUCCUCCCGGAGUUGCGGUGACGGACAGCGUCACGGCGCCUACUGCCGAAACGCCGGUAGCGGAUGCUCCCACGCCGUCGGUGGACACCACCACUGUUACUGCCGAACCACCGGACAACGGCACGACAAGGAGUGGUGAGAAACGUGCGUUGGACAAUGAUGAUGAUGAUGACGACGAAGAUUUGUUUGCGGAAGAAGAGGAGGAUGUGAAUGCACCGGCGGAUGUGUCCGCACCCGCAGUACCUCCCGUCAAAAAAGCCAAAACCGAGACGGAUUCUCCGACUGCGGUGGAUGUGGAACCCGCAAAGGAGCUUGUUGCCGGAGAAGAAUCCGUGCCUAUCAGUUUAGAAAUUCCGCGGAAAGUAAGGAAAGAAGCGACAAGUGGCAAGCAGGAACCAUCAGUCUCAUCGUAUUCUACGUCACCUACUAGGGAGGCUCCGGCUUCCGCGUUUACGACGAACUCUACCGUCACCAGCAUUCCCCGCAAAGUUACUAGCAAAGCUUCCAAGUACGGGCUUCCGGACAGUGUGGUGAUUCCACCGAGUGUUGAUGAAAAUCUCUUGGAAGGUCGUUUGCUCGAAAUGUUGAAAUCCCUUCCACCAAACCUCAUGACGGAAGCCUUGAACGAGUAUCACGAUGCCGUCGGCAUCAAGGGACAUUCCAUUCGCAAUCACGGGGCCUAUCUCAAUGGUGUCUUGAAACGUUACACGUCCGUCCACAUGCGCGCCACCGAGGAAGGUUCCGGCAUCCUACCCAUGGGCGAAAACUUGACCCCAUUGAUACGUUCACGCUUGGAACGCCUCGUCGCCACGGGCUUUUGCUCGCAGGAAGAAAUGCACGACAAGGUGCAAACCAAAAUUCGUUCCCUUUCCGAAAAAGACGCCAUUUUUGCUCUGGAUGAACUCACCUCGGUCGAUCGCUCCAAUAUUCGUAAUUUUGGCAGCUACUUUAUGGGAAUUCUAAAUCGAUACAUGCGUGGCGACCAUUCGUCCAAGAUCCAGAAAGGUCCCCGUCUCGGUGGAGAUAGAGGACCGCCCACAAUCAAUCGUAACAAUGCUCCUCCCCGAGGCAAUCCGUAUGCUCCGACCGACCGCUACGGCUCACCGUCGAAGCAAUCAUUUCCCAACAACAACAAUCGUGGUCCCAAUCCGCAGUGGGGACCGCCGGGGGGCAAUGAUGGAUACAACAAUCCCGGCAUGAAUCGUGGUCCGAUGCAGCACCACCAUCAGCAAGCUCCACCUUCCGGCCCCAACUACCCAGCGCUGAAUCAGUACUCCUCGCAACCGCCGUCUUUAGCGUAUCAGCAGCCUCCGCCAAUGAAUGCACCUUUCGUCCCCAACAACUCUGGGCCGUAUCCCGGUUCGUUCAAUGCCCCUCCCACGCAAGCUUCGUACAACCCAACUGGUCCGGCGCACCCGUCUUCGUACCACGCCAACGGCCCGCCACAUCAACACCAACUGUCUUCGUACAAUCCCAAUAGUCAGCCCCCACAACAGCAGCAGCCUUCGUAUUCGCAACCGCCGAAUCCAUACGGACCGCCCCAGACGUAUUCGAAUACGAACCCGCAACCGCCAUACGGUGCAAAUGCGUCUUUGGGAAACAAUCCUAUCCUCAGUAACACUUCAUACGGAGGUUAUAAAGCUCCGCACCCAUCCCAAGUUCCGGUUGACAUCAUGGGACUGGCCGAUAAGGCUGCUUCCGCCGUCCAAGCUUUGGCCAGUCAAUCAAACAACAAGUCGUUCCCUCCACAACAGCAGGCCCCUAGCUAUCAGGGUGGGUCUAUACACCAAGGAGCGUAUAAUACGGGUGGGACUCCCCAGUAUGGUGGUCCCCAGGCAACCAGCAAUAGUCCGUACGGACCCUCUGGACUACCACCAUUUGGCGGAAAUCCACCAUUGCAGCCUCAGCAAUCGUAUAAUGCUGGUCCACCACCCCAGCAACAGCAAAUUUACGGUAUGACUCCCGAUUCCGUUUCGUACAACCCCACGAUGCAGCAACCACCAUCGUUUGGGCCCCUAAGUGGUGGAAACUCUGGAGGCCGACGACGUACCACUGCCAAGCUUCAGGAUCUGCCAAUGGCAGUCCAGUUUGCCGUACAGAAUCUCACCGCUACUGGGCAAGUCAACGGACCGUUGGACGAAGGCAUCCUAGGAAUGGUUGUUGAUCUACCCGAACAAAUGGCACUCGAAGCGCUCCGAAAGUUUAGCACAAUUGACAAGUCUUCCAUGCGAAAUCCUACUGCCUACCUUGCUGGUCUGCUUCGUCGUGAUUUGGAAAAAAUUCACAAACGUUGAGCUUCAUUCGGGCUGUGGUACUUUACAUCGUACAUCUAUUCGUAUAGCGAGACGCGUCCUAAAUCCACUUGUGUGAAAUUCGCUCGUGUUUAAAUAGUGGUAAAGACCUUCUUAUUCUUUU